UUCUUUGGGACACAAAAGAGUUUCCUACCUUCUUGAAUGAUUGUCUCUUAGAGAAAGCAUUACGUAUCAUUCGUGUUGAAAUAAUUAUGAAUCGUAAUUAGAAAUGGAAUCGUUGAAACUAAUGAACUAUUCAUAAAAUUUUCAUUUUUACCUUCACAGCGGACCACGGAGAGAUCUAUAAUUUUAAUUUCUGUACUUCAUAUCAUUUUCAUUUUCUAAAUUUUAUACUGUUCCUUUAAAAUUAUUUUUCCAAUACAUGAAACUUUUUUGGGUCUCGAUUAAUGAAAUUUACUCCACGAAAUUACGCGAACAAACAAUACGUUUUUUGAAAUAUGGAAACAAAAGAAGCGAACGAGCUUUACACUUUGCUAUUGUAAAAUCAAAGUUCAACGAAUACCUAUACGGUGGUUCGUCAAGCAUGACGUGAAAAGAAGUUAACGAGUGGAACGAGGGUGGCCUAGGCGAUUCGUGAAAAUGGAAAGCCAGCCGAAUGCCAAUGGAAUUCGUGAACAGAGUUGCGUAAAUUCUGGAGUAAUGAGACAGGAAAAUCAUGGUCUCGUGGCUUAGUCAGGUAUUGUUUAAAUUCCUGUCGGUACUGUGCGGUCGAGGAUACAACGUGAAUGGCAGAACGCCAGGACGAAUCAAAUAUCCUGCCCUAUAUGCACCGUCUUUGUUCUCCAUACUAGUCCAUUCAACAAAAAUAAUAUAUCAAUAUCUUAAAACCGUUCAAUUAUACCUAUCGAAAAAUCUUUCAAUCAGGUUGACAAAAUGAAUUUUAUAUCUUUGAUUUAUUCUUACGUUUCCAUCAAUCUGUUUCAUUGUUAAUAUUAUUGAUUAGCAACAAUUUAGCAUUGUAAACGUGUUUGUAGUGUUCUGUAACAUGGCGCCACAAAAGAAAAGAAAAAAAGAAAUUGGGCUCGUUUCGUUUGCGCUUUUGCCAAGAUGACUCAGCCAGUAGUACGCGUGUACGUGUUAGCGUACGCAGCAAGCGGCUAAGUAGUACGAACACACGUUUUCUCGCACGUGUUGGCGACGUUCCGGUGGCCGGCAUUCACGUGCUUCUCCGUGGGAUAUUCGCAUUCUAAUUUAAUAGAAGGUGGCAUCCGACAAAGUGACAUUUCGCGUUUCAAACCGUACGUUAUCCACCGAAUUCAUCGUUGCACAAUGCACGCCCGUUACAUAAUUAACAGACGUAAUAUGGAAAUCACGUCAUCAAAGAUUACGCGAACGUUCGAUAAACGAUUGUCAAUCGUUAUCGAACCGCAUCCACGAGAUAUAAAUAUAAUCCGUUCGACGAGACGAGUCAUGAUAUGUUUACAAAUUCACGCGCUCGACGCAGGGUCGGAUCUCAGUUGUUUCCAGUUCCUCAAACGGUUCGGUCGAGGUUUCUGCUUCGAGCACGUGAAUUUCUAACGCAUUUACUGUCUCGUCUCGUUGAAUGAAAUAUAUGUAGUAAUUAUUUACGUCCAGUUUCAAGAUCCCUGAAACAAUUUAGAGGAUAAAACGCUUAAGGGACGUCUGCAAUUUUCUGCUGCUGUUAAUGGCAGUAUGCAGCACGAGUGCAUCAAAAUGCAGCAGACUUAUAGACGGAACGACGAUGCCUCGUUCGAAUGCUGAUGAAAAAUACCAUUUAUUCAUCACAUUGUUCAAUCGAACGGAAACGGUCUUCUCCUACAUGCCGAACACUAGAUACACUGUAACGGUGCAAGCCGACAGCACCGGCAUUAUCCCACGAAAAUUCACCAGGUUUCUGAUAUCCAGCGAGGCUGAGGCCGAAGGUGACUCGAUGGACAGCGGGGUUUUUGAUCUUCAGGAUGAGGCGUUAACAAGGUACUCAGAGAUAUGUCCAAACGCUGUCGUGGAGACCUCGAAGGUGCCGAAAGAAGAGGUUUCUGUGGCUUGGACCAGCCCUUCCGAAGGUAGCGGUUGCAUAUUUAUCAGAGCGACGAUAUUGGAAACGCCGGAUACAUGGUACAUGGAUGACGGGAACUUAGUUCUGAAGAUAUGUCAAGACUCGAAAGCCGAAGCGGACGAUCAGGGACCAGUGUUGCAAGAGUGUUGCGCCUGCGACGAGGCAAAGUACGAAGUUACUUUCGAGGGACUUUGGUCGAGGAACACUCACCCCAAGGAUUUUCCUAGCAAAGGAUGGCUCAUUCGAUUUUCAGACGUUAUUGGAGCUUCCCAUACGGUAGAUUACGGGUUUUGGAAAUACAGUGGCAUGGCCAGUACAGGUCUGCGACAAGUGGCUGAACACGGAUCAACCAGAAAAUUAGAAUCCGAAUUAAAGGCUCAGAGUGAACAUAUUAGAACGAUAAUCAAAGCUAGAGGGAUAAGUUAUCCCAAUGUCACUGGGAAAACUUUUGCAGUGUUCCGGGUUGACCGGAAGCAUCAUCUUAUGUCUUUAGUGUCCAUGCUUGAUCCUUCACCGGAUUGGAUCGUCGGUGUGUCAGGCUUGGAACUGUGUCUGGCUAAUUGUUCCUGGAUAGAACACAAAGAGCUCAAUUUGUAUCCUUACGAUGCAGGUACCGACGAUGGAAUUACUUAUUUAUCACCAGAUUCGCCAACAGAACCACAAGAACCCAUCCGACGUAUCACUUCGACCUAUCCAAACGACUCGAGAUCUCCGUUUUACGAUCCUUCCGGUUUAGACAUGAAACCCCUUGCGAGACUUUACUUGAAUCGGCAAAGACUUUAUGAAAAGUCCUGCGAGGAUACCUCAGCGGAUGCCGCUGAUCCAGGUGCAACAAUUGGCAGUAGUCGCAAAAACAAAGCCUGCAAGGUGACAGAAUGGGGUUCCUGGAGUGCAUGUUCCGUGGAGUGCGGUCGUGGAAGCAAACUUAGACAAAGGCAUUAUCAGGACGAAGCUGCUGCGACGAUGAACAAAUGCAAUACCAUCCUAACUGACAGAGCGACCUGUUAUGGGAAGAGUCCUCACUGUAGCAAAGGAGGCCGUUUCGCGCACCUGUUGGACACAGAAAAAUGCGCUCUAACCGAAUGGACCAGUUGGAGUUCGUGCACGGCAACGUGCGGACCAGGUCACAAGACCAGAUCGAGGAACUUUCGGGAGAAAAAGCAUCGGAAAGAAUGUAAAUCCAUUCCCGAUGGGCCGGAACUUCAACAGACGAUCGACUGUGAGAACGAUCCGUGUCUCGAUGGGGAUAUGGAUGAGGUAAGAGAACCGUCUAGCCAGACGGAGGAGAAUGAUGUGGAUAUGGAACAGGACAAUGGUGACGGAGAGGAUUACGAAGGAGAGGAACCGACGGUGGAGGUAACCGAAAAAUGGCUGCAGAAGUGUUCCGAGGAUCGUUACACGCAGUGGUCCUUAUGGUCCCCGUGCAGUUCCAGUUGUGGUCCUGGUGUCCAAUUGAGAUCCAGGCUGGUUAACAAAAAUUGGAGCAGCAUGGGGGACAACGACGAAGAUGUAAGCCUCGAAGAGUGCAAGCUGCAACAGGCUGCAUGCGUAGCAAAUAUUCCAACGUGUGAUUUCACGAAGGAAGAAGCAGAGAAGAUCUGCAGGGAACCGAUGAAAGAAGGAGGAUGCAAUGGAAAUAUUUUGCGAGCGUAUUUCAACCAAACGGUGGGUCGUUGCCGUCUGUUCAGUUAUUCCGGCUGCGGUGGAAACCGCAACAAUUUCCAAACGGAGCAGGACUGCAGAAAUGUUUGCGGAGAUUUUCAAAAAGAAUUAAGGACAAACGCGUCUUCGACGAUGAAAAAUUAUAAGGUGUCCGUCAGCAGCGUUCUCAGCUAUCACAUACCUGCUCAGGAUCAACGCAGCACGAAGAUAAAACGAGCUCACCACGAAAGAUUAGAAUUCAAAGGGAUACAACCGGACAGCCAAGUGAUAGAAUCACAGGAAAACACGGAAAACGUUGAUUGCCAGGUAUCUGAAUGGAGUAAUUGGUCAAAAUGCGCAGGAUGUCGUGGAUAUACAGAGAGUACCAGGGAGAUUUUGGUGCCUUCUAGAGGAAACGGUAAAAAUUGCCCAAAAAAGAUGCGUCGUAGAAAGAAGUGCCAUAAAAUUCCACCGUGUUCCUUGCAAAGCGAUGGGCCUGGACGACGCACGUAUCGUAAAGAAGCGGAAGAAAAUCAAAUUUCAGUUGAUUGCAAAAUGUCACAAUGGUCCUCUUGGUCACGUUGUACAGCCACUUGUGGAGAUGCAUCACAAUAUAGAACAAGGAUAGUCAAAGUUCAACCCUUUGGUCCUAGAGGUAAAUUAUGCCCCUCUUUAGUAGAGUAUAGGAAAUGUCAUACAGUGAAAUGUCCAUAAAAUUACCGACAUUUUUUACACAUGUAUGUUUCUCAAACAAAACAAAAUCUAUCAAUCCUUAAACAGUGUAGGUGUUUAUUUGAAGCAUAACGCACAAAAGUCGUGCCACAUUUUUUAAUCUGUGUCUUGUUUAAAAUCUUCUGAAUUAUUUAAUAUUAAAAAAAGAUUUAUCAUGCAACAUUACAUUUAUCAUUUUCUGAAAGAAUCAAAUAACACUUAACUAUCACAAUAGUUCGUUCAGUUAACAGGAAGUGCAUUCCAAUUACUUGUAAAAGCAAAAAGAACUAAGUUAUUGAGAUUUAUAAUAAAUAUAUACUAUUUAUAAUCAAUUUUAGAUUUAAUUUUUACAUGACUAGAUUAUAUAGAAGAUUCUGUUUUGUUAAAAAGAAUUCUAUAGAAAAUUUAAAUUAAUUAAGAAUAAUCAACUCAUUUAUGACAGAUAAUAUCAUCUGUGUGGGUAUCAUGAAAAAACAUAUUUAUAGCAUUUAUAAUAUAAGAUUUAAGAAAAUAUAGAUCUCAGUUUAAGACCAAAUACUUAUAUGUAUUUAUGAAAAUCAUACAUAUUUAAGAUUUUAGUAAAAUCAGUUCCAGAUACUACAAACGUCGAGAGAAUACUUGUAUGUUGAGACAAUACUAUAUGUAUAUGUAACAUAUCUCUAGAUAGUAAGAUAUUUACUUAUUAAUUAUAAAUAAACCAUUGUUACUAUAUUAGUUUGUUCACUUGGAUCUGAUAAUAAUAAUAUUAUACCGAGUGGUCCACGCAGUUGUUCCAGGUCAUAACUCCGUUAUUAACGCAUUUAUGAAAAAAUGCGUUAAUAUCGAAGUUAUGACCUGAAACAAUUGCGUGACCUAUUAUCUGUGUUCUCAUCCUAUUAUCAAUAAUGUUAUAAAUAAAACUGAUUGCAAAUCUAA